GGGGAAUGGACAGGUAACAGCGCAGACUGGCACUUCUUUGUCAGGGAGUCAGAAUGACCGAGUGCUUCCUGCCUCCUACCAGCAGCCCCGGCGAGCAGCGGCGAGUGGAGCAUGGCAGCGGCCUCACCCGCACUCCCAGCUCGGAAGAGAUCAGCCCCACUAAGUUCCCCGGGCUCUACCGGACCGGAGAGCCGUCACCCCCACACGACAGCCUGCACGAGCCUCCCGAUCUAGUAUCCGAUGAAGAGAAGGAGCAUGGAAAGAAGAAAGGAAAAUUUAAGAAAAAGGAAAAGAGGACGGAAGGCUAUGCUGCGUUUCAGGAGGACAGCUCCGGCGAUGAAGCCGAGAGCCCUUCCAAAAUGAAGCGGUCCAAGGGGAUCCACGUCUUCAAAAAGCCCAGCUUCUCUAAAAAGAAGGAAAAGGAUUUUAAAAUCAAAGAGAAACCCAAAGAAGAAAAGCAUAAAGAAGAAAAGCACAAGGAGGAGAAACAUAAAGAGAAGAAGUCGAAGGACUUGACGGCGGCUGAUGUGGUGAAGCAGUGGAAGGAAAAGAAGAAAAAGAAAAAGCCAACUCCAGAGCCAGAGCUGCCUCCGGUGGACAUUCCCCACGUCAGACCCGUCUUUGGGAUCCCCGUGGCCGACGCGGCGGAGAGAACCAUGAUGUACGACGGCAUCCGCCUGCCGGCUGUGUUCCGUGAAUGUAUAGAUUACGUGGAGAAGUACGGCAUGAAAUGCGAAGGCAUCUACAGAGUUUCAGGAAUAAAAUCCAAGGUGGAUGAGCUAAAAGCAGCCUAUGACCGAGAGGAGUCUCCCAACUUGGAAGACUAUGAGCCCAACACCAUAGCCAGCUUGCUGAAGCAGUAUUUAAGAGACCUCCCGGAGAACUUGCUGACCAAAGAGCUUAUGCCCCGCUUUGAAGAGGCGUGUGGGAGGAACACAGAGGGUGAGAAAGUGCAGGAGUGCCAGCGCUUACUCAGAGAGUUGCCGGAGUGUAACUAUCUCCUGAUUUCCUGGCUGAUUGUGCACAUGGAUCAUGUUAUCGCAAAGGAACUGGAAACAAAAAUGAACAUACAGAACAUUUCUAUAGUGCUCAGCCCUACCGUUCAGAUCAGUAACCGUGUCCUGUAUGUAUUUUUUACCCACGUACAAGAACUCUUUGGGAAUGUGACCCUAAAGCAGGUGACGAAACCCCUUCGCUGGUCUAACAUGGCCACUAUGCCAGCACUGCCAGAAACGCAAGAAAACAUAAAGGAGGAAAUCAGGAGACAGGAGUUCCUCUUGAAUUGUUUGCAUCGAGAUUUGCAGGCGGGGAUAAAAGACUUGUCCAAGGAAGAACGACUCUGGGAAGUACAAAGAAUUUUAACUGCCCUCAAAAGGAAACUGAGAGAAGCAAAAAGACAGGAGUGUGAGACCAAGAUUGCUCAAGAAAUUGCCAGUCUUUCGAAAGAAGAUGUUUCCAAAGAAGAAAUGAAUGAAAACGAGGAGGUUAUAAAUAUCUUACUUGCUCAGGAGGAUGAGAUCCUGACGGAGCAGGAGGAGCUGCUGGCCAUGGAGCAGUUCCUGCGCAGACAGAUUGCUUCCGAAAAAGAAGAGAUAGAAAGGCUCCGAGCGGAGAUAGCAGAAAUUCAAAGUCGUCAGCAGCACGGUCGCAGUGAAACCGAAGAAUAUUCCUCUGAGAGCGAGAGUGAGAGUGAAGAUGAGGAGGAACUGCAGAUCAUUCUGGAAGACUUACAGAGGCAGAAUGAAGAGCUAGAGAUAAAGAACAAUCACUUGAACCAAGCAAUUCACGAGGAGCGGGAGGCUAUCAUUGAACUGCGAGUGCAGCUUCGCCUGCUCCAGAUGCAGCGAGCGAAAUCGGAGCAGCAGGUGCAGGAAGAAGAGGAGCCGGAAAAGCGGGGGGGUGGAUCUCACCAGCAAAGAGACAGUGUCCCGGAGACAAAAGCAGCUAAAGAGCAGCCAAAGGCGGUCAAGGAGCAAGUGAAGCCAUCCCCCAGCAAAGACAGGAAGGAAACACCCAUCUGAGCAGCCCGGUAGGCCAUUCACGAAACCCACUAGAUUUAGCAAGGACUGUGCGACUUACUGUAGAGCUGAAAGUGAACGUGCACAAAUCUGUUCUGGUGUGGACACUAUGUAAAGCCUGGUCUUUUAAUCCCGAAGACCCUGGUCUCCUCCACUGGGAUGACUCCUUCCCAGCCAGGGUCAGGUCAAUUGGAGAACAAACUAGGAAAGCGAUUUAAGGCUCGGAGGGGACAGGUGCGUUUUCCAGAUAUCGGCUUAUUUGAAGUUUUAAUUUGCUUCGGAUACGUUUUUAGAGCUCAAUAGCGGUUUCAUUUUAAACCAAAAAUUUUGUUUUCUUUUGCUUUCACCUCAGAAGAAUCAGCUGUUUCUGUAUUUUCCAGGAGGGGAGAAAAAAAAAAAUCCAAUGAAAUAUGUGAAUUACCUGCCUUGUGCAUCGACUAAUUGUCUUACUCAUCAUGAUUUCCGCUUCCCUAGUCACUCUUGCUUGUGCCUUUUAUACCUUUCUGAUGCAAAUGAUAUAAUGGGGCCCGCCUGGAGUUUGCCUGACUGGUUUCAGUGGCACCCCGCCCUUCUAACCCCCUGGCUUUGUAAUCCUAAACGUCCGUAAAAGCCCAAACCCACCGAGACUGGCCGGCGGAGUCCCAAAAGAUGGCUAGAUCCUCACCUCCCGGAGCUCACCUGCGUAGGGCGGCCGGUGUUUUGUCAGGAUCGAACGAGAGGGAGAGAGCGGUCCGCCUGUUGCCACCGUUCAGGGCUGAUCCCUUCUCGUUGGCAGUUUCACCAUUCCCCCAUCGCCCUUCUGGUGUAGGAUGGCAACCUUCUCCCCGUCCCUUUUCCCGCAGAUGAUCGCUUUUGAAAUGUGUUGAUCUUGCAAGUCAAUCCACCCCCUUCAUGUAAUCGAUCCCUCACUAACUACAGAUGGAUUCGUAUCGCUUGCUUAGGCUAGAAUGUAAAUGUCUCUUUGCCUGAUUAAGCCAUAUACUCUUUCUUAAAACAAAAUCAAGUCUCAUUCACGCGAGCCCGCUGGAAGAUUCCCAAUCGCUAGGCCUCAGCGAUAGAAAAGCAUUUCUUUGUUUUCUUCUCAAAGCGUAGCUGUGGCUUAUUUUUCCUUUCUUGGUUCAGUUAGGGGCCUGAGCAGGAUCAGUUGAGCGAGAGCUGCCUCGGGCCAGGCCGGUCUCUUCGGGCUACUCGGUCUCCACUCUGCCAGGCAGGGGAGGCGUCCCCGAGCUUUGUCAGCGAGUAGCCACUGUAACGCAGAUAGACCGACCCUCCCUCAAGCGUGCUUCUGUCCUCCUGUUCCUAGAGUUUGAGUAUUUAUUUUCAGCACCCGUCGGAUGUGGUUGUAUCCUCUACCUAUUGCACUGUUGUGGAUUGUUGGCCAUUGUUUGAUUUUUUUGUACAAAAAAUGCUUUGAUAUGUUAGAGAAAACAGCAUACUAUUUUUUUAAAAUCUGGAGAGAAGCUAUUGUGGUGACUGAAAACAGGGUCAGGUGACAAACAAAAAUAUGUAAAGCCUUUGUGGUGUCCUAUCUGUUACAUUCAUUUUGUAUUUGCUGGCAAUAUUUAAGGUGACUUUUUUUGUUUGAACAAAUCUCACUAAUUUCUAUCAAGCUGUCAUGGGUUUUCUAAUCAGUGUUUUCAUUACAAUUGUCCUUUAAUAUUGGUUAACUUUUUUUUUUGCCAGGACCACAUGCAUCAAGCAAAUAAACUCAACAGCCAUUGGAAAAGAAAAA